UUAAAUACCUAAAAGGAAAAAAGAAAACCCGAAAGAAAAAGGAAGCAGAAACAGGUCAUCAUCAUCGAACAUGGCAACUACCAGCUGGAUUAAUAAACCCUAAAUCCCUAAUUUUUCUCCCGAAAAUUCUAAAUAUUUUUGGAUUAAAAUCCAUUCAGGUUUGUCGAACAUGGCUUCUUCAGAGAUCGAGGUGGUACCAUCAGAAUCAGAACCGAAAACAACCCAACAACAAAACUCUACUCAACAAAUUGCUAUUAUCGACGUCUUCUCGGCCUCUGCCUAUGGAGAUUUUGACAAACUGAGAAAAUUCGUAGAAGAAGAUGGUGCCUCACUCGCAACACCUGACGGUAACAGCUAUUACGCCCUUCAGUGGGCUGCUCUUAACAACUUCUCAGAUAUUGCUCAGUACAUUAUCGAUCAUGGUGGAAAUGUAAAUGCAACUGACAAUAACCAGCAGACAGCUCUGCAUUGGGCUGCAGUUAAGGGUUCGAUUGCUGUGGCAGAUGUGCUCUUGCAAAAUGGAGCUCGGGUGGAAGCAGCUGAUCUCAAUGGUUAUCGUGCAGUUCAUAUUGCUGCUCAAUAUGGGCAAACAGCUUUCUUAAAUCAUAUUGUUGCAAAAUAUCACGCAGAAUAUGAUGCACCUGAUAACUGUGGAAGGUCGCCACUUCAUUGGGCUGCAUUCAAGGGAUUUUCAGAUACAAUUAGAUUGCUUCUAUUUCGAGAUGCGUUUCAAGGGAAACAAGACAUAGAAGGUUGCACUCCAUUGCACUGGGCUGCACUAAGAGGAAAUGUAGAGGCAUGCAUGGUUCUCGUGCAUGCAGGCACAAAGCAGGAAUUAUUGGUAAAAGAUAAAGCUGGAAACACCCCUCUUAAGCUUGCAUCUGAUAAAGGUCAUCGGCAGAUUGCCCUUCUCCUUUCUAAAGCAGAAAGAGCCAAUAGCAAACGGUUGUUCGACAAAAUUCAUGGUGGGAAGAUGGGGGAAGUUGGUUAUGCUCCCAUAUUAUUUUGUGUUAUCAUUGUUCUAAUUAUCCUCUUCAUCAACUCAGUUCUUGCUACUCCAACUCUUCCUAAGGUAACUGCCAUUGUUGGACUUUGGGGAUGGACUGGUGUCUCUCUUGGUAUUGGCUCGUUGAUAAUGUUCUACAGGUGUUGUAGCAAAGAUCCAGGUUAUAUAAAAAAAUCUAGAAGAUUGGAUGGCUAUGAAGAUACAGAGGAUCCCUUGCUGAAUAUUGAGCUGAACAACGCAUCUGUAUGGACAGGAAACUGGGAUCAGCUUUGCCCUACCUGCAAGAUAAUAAGACCUGUACGUUCUAAGCACUGUCCUAUCUGUAAGCACUGUAUUGAACAGUUUGACCAUCAUUGCCCAUGGAUAUCUAACUGCGUAGGAAAGAGAAACAAAUGGGAUUUCUUUGUUUUCAUAUGUAUGGGAACCUUGACUUCAUUCAUUGGUGCCUUUGUUGCAGUUCAAAGGAUAUGGACAGCAAUACCUGCAUUGUCUGCUGGUAAAACAUGGAUUCAUCUUGUGAUUGAUCAUCAUCCUGGUAUUGUUGCAUUUCUCCUUUUGGAUGCUCUUGUUUUGACUUCUGCUACAACUUUGACCAUAAUACAGGCAACCCAGAUAGCUCGGAAUAUCACCACUAACGAAGUAUCAAACGCCAUUCGCUAUCGGUAUCUCCAUGGCCCCGAAGGACGGUUUCGGAACCCAUAUAACCAUGGUUGCCGAAAGAAUUGUACAGAUUUCUUCAUUCGUGGUUACACAGAUGAUGAGAUUGCUUGGCCUCCAUUACAGAGUGUUGCCAGUUAGAGCAACUAGGGUUAGCUUGUUGUGUUGUUUGUUAAGUAGAUAUACACAUCCCAGACCCGACUCAUGUUAAUAUACAAACCCUUUGCACAUUAUGACCAGAAGAAAAGGGUAAAAAGGUACAAAUAGUUAAAAUUCUUUCGUAGAGACAUGAGCCUCUUCUAUUUGCUUCCUGGUUAAAGAGGGAGAAAACAGAAGCCUGUUCGAUCUAUACAUCGUGUGCUUAAUCUUGUAGUCAUCACAGGAAAUAGUCAGUCUUUGAAAGUGGUUAUACAAAAAAGUGAUAGGGAAAUGAAGAAGUGAGGAUGCAUUUUCUGAAAUCAAGGUAUUUCCAUUGUGUUGCCUCAAUUCUCAUGUAUGCAUGUAAAGUUUCUUAAAAGCUGCGUUUUAUACUUGAAUUGUUUUUGCUCAUGUUUGGAGCUUUGAAGGAUUUUUUCCAAUGGAAGAAAUUGUUACAUUAGUCCAUUUGUCUUCUACUAUAUUGUACUCUUCAUAUAUAAUUUACUCAAUUUUAAUUGGGAUGGAAUGAGAGUUGCAUGUUAUUUGUUUUA